AUGGCCCAACAAGUUCGAUUUGUCACUCUGGACGUUUUCACGUCGCAGCCAUACACUGGUAAUCCGCUGGCCGUCGUUUUCCUCCCGGACUCAAAGCAAGAAACUCUGACGCAGAGUCAGAAGCAGUCCAUUGCGCGCGAGUUCAACCUGUCGGAGACCAUCUUUGUCCACGCUGACAAUGGAGAAAAACGUACCAUCGACAUCUUUACCACCGACUGCGAACUCCCAUUCGCGGGGCACCCUACCAUAGGAGCCGGUACCUGGUUCCUGUCCCUGUCUCAGGAUGACGCCGAUAAGGGGGUUGUCCGAACUCUAGCCACAAAGUCUGGGGAUAUCCCCAUUGCGCUGCAGGCUGGACAGCAGCUGAAUGCGGUAACCGCGAAGAUCGCACAUAAUGUCCGACUCCAUCAGUCCGGAUUUCCGCUGCAGGAAUUGAUCCGAUUGCAUCCUUUCCUAUCCAGUUUCUUCAACCUCAUGGAGGUCGCGAAGCAGACCUUUCCUGUCUUUUCUAUCGUGAACGGUAUGAGUCAGAUCCAUGUCGAGCUGCCGUCCGUCAAAGCUCUUGGUGCUGUGACCACGGCGACUUCAGGCGAAGUUAUCUCGGCAGGCUGUGGCUAUCUGGAUGAAGGUUGGGAUUCCGGACUCUGUGUGGUGUAUUUCUUCGUGCGAAACGUCAAGGAUCCUCAGACUGGGGCGAACAGUAUUCGCACCAGAGCAAUCAUCGGAAAUUUGGAAGAUCCAGCCACUGGAAGCGCUGCCAGUGGUUUGGCGGCUUAUUUGUCUCACAAAGAAGGGAAGCCGGGUCGGUACAAGUACAAUAUCAUUCAGGGAGUGGAGAUGGGAAGACGUAGUGAGAUUGGGGUGGAAGUCGUUGUCAACCAGAACAAGCAAAUCGAGAGCGUAGAGCUUCAGGGAGGUGCUGUCAAGGUGUCUGAAGGAACUAUUCUCAUUCCUCCGGCUUGA